UAGGGUGCCUGUAAGUGGCAUUGCCAGUGCUCCACCAUUGUCAGCACCGCUGGUCCGAAUCACAACAUUCUGUGACUACCAGUCGAUUCUACCGCUACUGCUCUUCCCUCCCCCGUCAUUCCGUCGUGACAGUCGUAGAGCAUCCUAAAGCCUUCAACCUUUGACAAUGCUUCCGUCGAUGAUCGCUCUGCCCUUGUCUCUCUUUUCACUGGCCAGCCGCAACGCAUCUGCCGAAGAGACAGUCACCAUCUCCUACGACACCACCUAUGACAACUUCUCUGCCCCAUAACGGACCUCGCUUGCUCUGCCAACCUUACCGACCUCGGCUUAACGAACCUCGGCUCGCUGCCAGGCUUCCCAUACAUAGGCGGCUCUGCCAUGGUCUCUGCUAACGGCUCUACUGGCUGCGUGACCUGCUGGGAGCUGUCGUACAACGAGAGCAGCGUCAAUGUCCUGGUUGUUGAUUACGCGGAGGACGGAUUCAACUUGGCAAAGGCGGCGAUGAACGGUUUGACGGGCGGGGAUGCGCAGAAGCUCGGUAUACUCUGGGCGACGGCGGUGGAAGUCGAUGUAACAGAGUGUGGGAUGUGAUCAGUUCCUGCCUGAAAUCCAACUGUUGUUAAGUUGCUCGUCAUUGUGCUCGACUUCUGACAUGCCUGUAGAUCUCUGAGGUACCAUUCAGCCUGCAAGCAGGCUCUUGCAUGCGUAUUGACUGAUAUCCACAGCAAUUGCUCCUCACCAGGCCUGGGACUCAGCUGGCAUGAGUUCAACGACGGAUAGACAUUAGGACCUGCCAGUGGCAACU